UAACCAUGAUAAAGAUGAUGCCAAUGAUUUGUUUGAUGAAACCAAAUAUGAAAAUAAAGAAUUGGAAGAAAUUGAAAGUUUUUUGUCUGAUUGUGUCCCAUCUGAUGAAGAAAGUGCUGAAGAAACAAACAAAAUAGCAAUAGAAGAAAUUUCAACUAGAAAAAAGGUUUCUGUUGAUGAAAAGCCAAUUAUAGAAGAACAAUUAAAUAAAAUUGUUAAAGAUAGAAAUAUUAGAGAAAACCUUAAAAAAAGUGUAAAAGAGCUGUUUAAAAAUAACAAAAUCUUGUUUACAAAUAAAUUAGAAAAACUUGGACGAACAAACCUUAUAAAGCACGUGAUCAAGACUCAAGAAGCCAAAUCUAUCAAGCAACUACUAUAUGAUUGGCCUUGA